AUGCUGAAGCUCUCGCAGCUUCUCGAGGCCAGGCGGCACGAGGGCAUUGACACAAUGCGCGACCUUUCGCCUCCCUCUCGCCAGCCUCCCCAGUCUCCUUUGACCGCAUCCACUCCAGUCUCACCCGCGGUUUCUUUGUUUUCCGCCAAAGGGCAUACGCGCUUCUCGAGUUCCGCGUCGUCGCUUGUCUCAUCCCCUGGCCAUGGCAACUCGAUGGAUAUCGCUACUCGAAAUCCCUUGACAGGCGUAAAAGAGGAGGAACCCUGCGGAUCGCAGGCGAGGGAUUUAGAGGAGGAAUAUUUCCAACACUUCGAUCAAGGGUUAUCCGUCCCUGAAGAUUCAUAUCUAUCCACAGUCAGUACUUGCGACGGCUGCGAUCUCACUGAUGCUGGGAUGGAUACGGUUCACUCCCCGAAAAAGAGGCGCUCCGACAAUGCCUCAGCUAACGGCCUUUCCCGAAUUGGCUCGCGGAUAUCCACCAUCUCACAUCGUUGGAAGUCCAAACGAGCGUCCGACGGCCCAGAUGGGGAAUCGUUCUCACCGCAAAUCCGGUCCCGGACCAACUCAUCAGCAUCUGUAUUCGCUGCUAGCCCGACCACAGCUUGCCAGAUGACCUGGGUUGAUUCCGCUCAGAUUCCUCCAUCGCCCGCGAGGACCAUCUUCGAAGACCGUCUCAGCGAAUCAAAUGCACGCUCUAUCGACAUCGCUAAAGCGAACCAGCCACAACUAGAUGAGUCCGCUCCACAAGCUACGACACCUCUGCUCCCACCCUUUAUGGGUGAUGAGUCGGAAUACCCCGUGUCUAAAAUCCACUCCCCGUUGCAGUCACCGUCUGUUGCCGACGUUUCAAACGCCAGCCCAGAUGCAAAUGCACUUCGAGACCGCUUAGCUGGCCUCCCGUCCCCUCCAUUGUCCACCAAGCCCUCAAUCGCCUCUUUCAACCGCCCACGAGCCAGUACGGUCCGAACUGUUUCUGGGGAUGUUCCUCCUUUGACUCUUUCCGAUCCAAACGACGAGUGGGCGAUUCAGCUCGGCCAUGCUAAUUUCACCAUCCAGCCGGAGCCUUAUGUUCCUGAAGUUUACAACGUCGAAUCGUUCCAGCAGUUGCGGAGCCAGUGGGAUUUGGCGCAGUGCAAUUUCACGAAGCACCUAGUUCGGACCGGAGAACAUUAUGGUAUCACGUCGAAGAUUUACAAAUUGACGCAGGAAAAAUGGGAGUCGAUUAACCGCGAAUGGAAGCGGCAUUACGAUGCGAUGCUCGCCCAGAUCGAAUCGAACGGGCCUGUGCUGAGUACGAUCGAGUCUCACCACCGUGACCCGUGCGAGCAGGUCAGGAUCCCAACCCUGCACGACAAAAAGUUUCCGGAGUUGGGCGAUGGCGAGAUUGUCGGCCCUAUGAAGAUAGCACCUGCAACUGGACGAUGCCGUGAUCGGUCGUUGAAACGAAAUUUUUUCAAAUUCUUCCAAGAUCUCGUGUCUCGAGUCUAG